GUUCCUUGUGGUUCUUGCAAUUGUCCUCAACGACGUUUUGGAUUUAGUACAGUCAUUGCAUGUGUUUUUGCGAUAUCGCUUUUGUACUAAUUCGUCCUUGCAUACACUGUGUCACAACCACAGCACCCCUGCUCUCACGAUUGAUACAACAGAUUCUUCUUCUCAUCAGUCCGGUGCUGCAAGGAUUGAGAUAUUGGUGUACGCGCGUGGGUAACAAGACCGAAAAUUUGAAGUACUCACUUUCGAGCUCUGUUCUGACCGCCACGCAGACACUUUUACCUGCAUACUUCUACAGUAGCUCCAUAUACGUCCUAAAUCUUGACGCGUGGGUAAACCUGUUUGGCUACGCGUUUCUCAUCAUAGAACUAUCCCUCAACAUAGGCAGCUGCCUACUGUUUGCAGACAUUAGGACCGAACUCAGCUUCCUGGGCCUUGGGCUGGCUCCCGCAAUUGGGCUACUGGCUGUUUCGCUUGUGAUGCUUGUAUCAAACUAGCUCCAGCACCCAUGAAAAGAAAUGUAUGAAGUACGAGUAAAGCACAAGCUCAAGC